AUGUCGGAAAGCGCGGCAGAAGUUCACUCCGAGGCACCAAACCCGACUUUGCUGCCCCGCCGGACCGAGGCUGCCACGCUGCUGCACGGAGCGAAGCCGCUUGUGCCAGCAAAGAUCGUUGAUCCUCACAAGGCCACUUCGGCGAUUGCGGAGGCAUGGAAGCUUUCAGGCAAGUACAACGUGAAGUUCGACGCCGCAUUGGUCUUAGUGGUUGGGCAGCAGUCCGCUGGCAAGACUUCGUUUGUAGAGAGGUACCUUGGCUACGCAUUCAGUGUGGUCAGCCAUGGCAUGGCAACAAAGCGACCGUCGGUGCUAACGCUAUUGCCUGCACAGGCGGGCAGUGAAGAUGAAGUGAAAGUCACUCAGGAAUUUCUUGAUGGGACUGUAAGCCCUGAGGAGGUGUUCGCAGGAGUCGACGCACUGACCAAAUUGAAUCAGUGGGUUGUUGACAAGAACGCCCAUGUGGCCAAGGAGAAGCUCUUCAUCACGAUCUGUACUCCCAAAUGUACGACCCCGCGAAGAGUGAUGGAUCUUCCUGGCGUGCGAGCAAGCGAUGAAGAGGAAGCAAAGGGCGUCAACGACGCCAUCAUUGAGAUGAUCUCGGAUGCGAUAGGGAAGCCCAACUCUGUGGUGGUUUGCCUUGCAGACGCCGCGGUAGAGCCUGCGAACGACAAUAUGGUGAAGCUGUUCCGUGAUCGUGGAACUGGCAUGUCCAGCUUCCGUGGCAGGUUAGUUUUGGUUCUCACGAAGGCAGACAACUGGUUUGCCAGCACUCGCCGUGACGAGCAAGUGCAGGAGCAUUUGGAUCGCUGGAAGAAGGAGUUCUAUGGCUUGGAGCCAAUGCUGAUGGGCAGCACCUUCGAUAAAGCCGCGGACACCAAGAAUGCGAAUGUGCGGAACUGUGAGUAUUCAAAAGCAGACCAGCGUGAGCAGAUGGACAUCGCCAAGUUUAGGCUUGAUGUCAUGAAAGGCCCACAGGGUAACAGAGGCGAGUACUGGGACAAGAAGGUCGGGUUCAAGCACGUGCAGUCUCUCGUGAAAGAGAUGUCUCUCAGAAUGGACAUGUGCAAUCUGCCUCGAAUCAUCAUUCAGAUCGAGCAGCGCAAACACCAGGUCAAGCUGAAAUUGGAUAAAACGAAGGCCAGCCGUGAGACCACAGAUCCUGAAUUCCUCAAGAGGGGAUGCAGUCAGUUCGUCUCCGCCCUCCUCGCAGACACGAGCCAAUCUCUCACUCGACCCUCAGGCCCGAGCCUUUCAGUUCAGCUCUCCUCUUCUCAACAACUCCAGGAGACUGCGAAGACCCUCCUGCAAGAGGAAGAAGAGUUCAUGCAGGCUGCCGUUUACUUCUCGUCGGACUCCAUGAAGGCAGCCUGGAGCGAGCAGAAGAUGUCGAACAUCGACUACAGCCGCGCCGACGAACAGGCACCGGAUGAGUUCAGUGCCUUCCACAAGCGGGUUUUGGCAGACAGGAACUUCACAAGCCAGGUUGCGCAAAGUGAGGAUGCCCUGCUUCCUGGAGCUGCGUUGCCACGGACAGCUAACUUCUUCGGUCUAAUUUCGCGACGCUACAUGCACUUUGAUAAAGAUGAUGUAUCUCGCAUCAAGAAUGCCUGCACGAUGAGCCCUGACAUGCCCUUCGUGAAAGAUUCCCUUCAGCAGAUUUUCGUCGUUGGCAACACCAAGGCUGCAAAGAUGCGAGAUGUGACCAUGUACUUAGUGCAGAAGACAUCUUACCUGAUGACCCAAGGGCUGACCUGUGCCUUCAGCGGUAUGAAGAAGAAUGACAGAUACCGGGAUCUUAUAGAAGCUUUGGCGGGGGGUGCGAGCGUGGACUAUGUGUUUGACGUCAUUCGCAAGGGCUUUAUCGGAUACCUCUUGGUACAUGCUCAGCAUGCCUACCUUAGCUCCGUAAGUGAUCACAAUCAGUUCAUGCAUCAAGUCGGCGGAUUCUACCACAGUGGCCACAAUUUGCACGAAGACCGUGAGUCAACUGCACAACUGUUGCGCGAAGCUAUGGCGUCAGAAGUCUGCAGAGGAGACGGUGAAUCAAGUGCACAUAGGUUGCUCGAAGCUGUGAAGUCAGAAGUCCGCAGAGAGAUCAAGUGGGGUCAAGAGCAAUCUGAAUUACAGGAUGGAAUCAAUGAAGGACUAAGCAUUCUCAGUGGCCAUGCCGUGCAUCCGCAAGUACCUGGUAUGAUCAGCAACAUGCUGGAGGACAUGAAAGCCAAGGGCAUCUUGGACUCAAAGGAUCGUGGCCUGCACAAGCUCCUGGGAAUGACGGUAGUUGUUUUUGCAGUCUUGGCACCUCAGUUCUCUACUGCUGUGAUCAUGCGAUGCAUGUCUGGCUUGUUGGGGAGCCUCAACUCAAUUUUCUACCGGCACGCUUACGAGGAAAGCAUCUUGGAGGAACUUACCAAAGUUUUCAUCUCUGGCGAUCUCGGCGAGCGGGUGAAGGCGCUUCAGCAGCGCGAGGAUGACCUGAAGGAGGAGUACGAUGAUCUGUGUCAUGCCGUGAGCGAACUUCAGAAGCUGCGCUGA